UUGAAUCCAGCAUCUUUGUAUAGCGGCAGGCAGGGGAAGGAGACGCACCAAACUGCUUCAGCAGGAGAGAAGAGCGAUCUGAGCAGAUGGGAAGGAUGCGUCUCUCUUCUGGAUAAAAGAAAUGAUUUAUUGGACUGUUUGGCUCUUCAGACAUAAUUAAAAAUGGACUGUUUUGACGAAAAGAACAAGCCUGAUUUUAUUGUUAUUUUUUAUUUUUUUGCUUUGUCUGGUUAGGAUGUGCCAAAAGGAGUGACUUUUGAUACAGCCUUUUUCAGAAGAAGUCAGUGGGAAGAGGGAAUCGUGAGAAUAGCGGAUAUCUCUUAUUCCAGGAGGUAAAGAUGCAGACUUUUCCCUGCUAGUCUGCAAGAGGAGAGGAAAAAAAAGGAACGCAGAUCUCAGGUCUCACAGACGCAUGAGUCAAGAGACGGGGGGAGGCAGAAGAGGAUUAACCGGUCAGGAAAGAAAUAAAGAACAAGCAUCUCUAUCGAUUUGUGACACGCUGUAGUGCUAAACGAAUCCCGAGAAGAGCCGCGGGGAUUUAGUUGGACUUAUUUUUAAUAGAAGACAGCACAAAACGUCACAGAUUAGAAUUUCCAGAAUGAAGAUGGAAUGCCGGCUGGGAAAAGUGUGGAUUUGAAGCUCCUCGUCACUUUUAGUAUUGCAAUGGAACUGAUGAGAGCACACAUUUACUGACGGUAGCCAUCGAAAGCGCAGGUUGGAGAGGCAACCUGUGCGCUCGUCCCUAAAGCGCACUCUGCGUCUCUGCUUCCCCACUCUCCCCCCUUCUUUCUCUCUCUGUGGAUGUUCACUGAAUUCAUUUUUUUUUGGAUAUGAGGGAUUUGUAUAGUAUUUGUUAGAAGGGGCCAAAGAAAAAAACAAACAAAAAAGAAGAAAAAAAACGCGUCCCUCUCUCUCUUUUUCACCCCCAAUCCCCCCCACCCCUCCGUUUGCUGGAUGUGAAGCAGCAUGCAGCCCGGUGAGAGCUUAGAGGGCUCGCGCUUGGCUCGCGGAAGAUGUAUUGAUGCAAAUAAUCUCGCUAAUAGCGGCACAGAACGCUGUCUCGCGCUUCCCUCUUCGGGUAGGAGGAGGAGGAGGAGGAUGCUGAUGAUGAAGAGGGCGACAACCAAGACGAGAGGGAUGAACGGGAGGAUGACGGACGGAGGGAUGACGGCGAUGCGCUAUUUUCUCUGGACUCUUGUGCUGUGCUCGCUCUCCUCGCGCGCUCAAGGUUUCAUCUACACCUGUGGGGGUACACUGAAAGGCCGAAACGGCAGUAUAGAAUCGCCUGGUUUUCCCUAUGGCUACCCUAAUGGUGCAAACUGCACCUGGGUUAUUGUUGGGGAAGAGGGAAGUAGAAUCCAGCUCAUCUUCUUGUCAUUUGCCAUAGAAGAAGAAUAUGACUUCCUGUCCUUGUAUGAUGGGCAUCCGCACCCUGCUAACUUCAGAACAAGGUUAACAGGCUUCCAGGCUCCUCCGCCUGUCACCAGUACAGGAAACGUUUUUUCCUUGAGGUUGACCAGCGACUUUGCCGUUUCUGCUCAUGGCUUCAAACUCAACUAUGAAGAGCUGCACAGUACAUCUUGUGGGAAUCCAGGUGUUCCACCUAAAGCGGUGCUAAGUAGCAGUGGCCGUUUUGCUGUCGGAGACCGUGUCCAAUACAGCUGUGUCCCUGGUUAUGUCUUAGAUGGUCAUGCCACACUGACAUGCAUAACCAAUCCAGCAAACACUGCAGUCUGGGAUUUUCCUGCUCCUAUCUGUCGAGCUGAGGACACAUGUGGGGGCACUGUGAGGGGCGGCAGUGGGGUGGUGACCAGUCCCGGUUACCCCGGCAACUAUGGUAACCAAGCCGACUGUACUUGGAUCCUAUUGGCCGAACCUGGAGACACCAUCUCUGUCAUCUUUACAGACUUCCAGACUGAAGAAAAGUACGACUACCUGGAAGUGGAGGGUUCAGAACCGCCGACCAUUUUGUUGUCAGGCAGUAAUGUUCCCUCUCCGAUCGUUAGCAACAAGAACUGGCUCCGACUGCAUUUUGUGACCGAUAGCAACCACCGUUACCGAGGUUUCAGUGCACAUUAUCAAGUGAAGCGAUCAGUAGAUUUUAAAUCGAGGGGCGUAAAAUUAUUCCCUGGCAAAGACUCCAGCAACAAGUUUUCGAUAUUAAACGAAGGUGGUGUGAAACAGGCCUCUAACUCCUGCCCUGACCCAGGAGAGCCGGAGAAUGGAAAACGCCAUGGCAGUGACUUCAGCAUUGGCAGUGUCGUGCAGUUCAGUUGUGGAGAGGACUACGUGCUCCAGGGCAGUAAAACCAUCAGCUGUCAAAGAGUGGCCGAAGUCUUCGCUGCCUGGAGUGAUCACAGACCAGUGUGCAAAGUAAAGACUUGUGGCAGUAAUCUUCAAGGACCAUCAGGGACCUUUACAUCUCCCAACUUCCCCAUUCAAUAUGAAAGCAAUGCCCAGUGUGUGUGGAUAAUUACAGCAUCAAAUCCAAAUAAGGUGAUCCAGAUCAACUUUGAGGAGUUUGACCUGGAGAUCGCCUAUGACACCCUGACUAUAGGAGAUGGAGGAGAGGUGGGAGAUCCCACAACUAUACUUCAAGUUUUAUCGGGCAGCUUUGUGCCCGACUUGAUUGUCAGUAUGACCCACCAGAUGUGGUUACACCUCCAAUCAGAUGAGAGUGUUGGAUCUAUAGGUUUUAAAAUCAACUACAAAGAAAUAGACAAAGAGAGUUGCGGUGACCCUGGAACCCCUCUCUAUGGAGUAAGAGAAGGUGACAGCUUCUCAAACGGGGGAAUCCUGAGGUUCGAGUGCCAGUUCGGCUUCGAGCUGAUUGGAGAAAAAACUAUCUCCUGCCAAGACAACAACCAGUGGUCUGCGAACAUACCCAUAUGUAUAUUCCCCUGCAUGUCCAACUUCACAGCUCCCUCAGGAACCGUCCUCUCUCCAGAUUACCCAGAAGGCUAUGGGAACAACAUGAAUUGUGUCUGGCUCAUCCAGUCUGAUCCAGGCUCGAGAAUCCACUUAGCAUUUAAUGACUUUGACCUUGAGGCACCAUACGAUUCUCUAACUGUGAAAGAUGGUGAGACAAAUGAUGCGCCUGUCAUCGGGAGGUUUUCUGGAGCCGAGAGUCCGUCCCACCUGACGUCUAACACCAACACGCUGAGACUUGAGUUUCAGGCUGAUCACUCCAUGUCUGGGAGAGGAUUUAAUAUCACUUACAGCACUUUUGGCCACAAUGAAUGUCCAGACCCUGGAAUUCCAAUCAACGCUCGGCGCUUUGGAGAUAACUUCCAGCUUGGCAGCUCCAUCUCUGUUGUGUGUGAAGAUGGUUUUAUUAAAACGCAGGGAACUGAGACCAUCUCUUGUCAGCUAGAACGGGGAAAAGUCAUGUGGAGUGGGCCAAUUCCUAAAUGUGAAGCUCCAUGUGGCGGGCACUACUCCGCUCCAAGUGGAGUCAUUCUGUCUCCUGGGUGGCCUGGUUACUACAAAGACUCCCUCAGCUGUGAGUGGGUGAUCGAAGCUGAACCAGGACGGUCCAUCAAGGUCACAUUUGACAGGUUCCAAACAGAGUUGGGUUACGACUUCCUUGAGAUCCACGAUGGGCCAAACCUCAUAUCACCUCUGGUUGGCUCCUUUAAUGGCACCCAGGUGCCUCAGUUCCUAUUUAGCAGCAGCAACUUCCUUUAUCUCCUUUUUACCACUGACAACAGCCGCUCCAACGUUGGCUUCAAAAUACUCUAUGAGAGUGUUACAGUGGACAGUUAUUCAUGCCUGGAUCCUGGUAUUCCUGUUAAUGGUAUUCGUUAUGGGCAAGAUUUUUCCAUUGGAUCCACGGUUUCAUUUGGCUGUGAUUCAGGCUACAGACUCAGCCAUGAGGAGCCACUGGUGUGUGAGAAAAACCACUGGUGGAGCCACGCCUUACCGACAUGUGAUGCUCUGUGCGGUGGGGAUGUCAGAGGUCCCUGGGGAACCAUCCUCAGUCCCGGCUUUCCAGACAGCUACCCUUCAUCUCUCAACUGUACCUGGACUGUUGAAGUCAGCCAUGGGAAAGGAGUCCAGUUUCAGUUCAACUCCUUUCAACUGGAGGACCAACACGACUACCUCUUGGUAACUGAGAAUGGGAGCUUCCUACAACCUCUGGCUCGGUUGACCGGCAAUGAGUUGCCUAGCAACAUCAAUGCUGGUCUCUAUGGCAACUUCAAAGCACAGCUACGAUUCAUCUCUGACUUUUCUAUUUCAUACGAGGGCUUCAACAUAACUUUUUCAGAAUAUACUUUGGAGCCAUGUGAGGACCCUGGGAUGCCCAGAUUUGGCCAGAGAAAUGGCUACAGUUUUGGGGUUGGAGAUACUUUGUCCUUUUCCUGUAACUUAGGAUACCGCCUGGAGGGGGCGCCAGAGUUAAUCUGUCUAGGUGGAGGGCGUAGAAUGUGGAGCGCUCCUCUACCAAGAUGUGUUGCUGAAUGUGGUUCUUCAGUCAUAAAUAAUGAAGGCAUACUCUUGUCUCCAAACUAUCCAAUGAACUAUGAUAACAACCAUGAGUGCAUCUACAGCAUCCAGGUGCAAGCUGGAAAGGGUAUCAACAUCUCAGCUCGAACAUUUCAUCUUGCCCAGGGCGAUAUUCUCAAGAUUUAUGAUGGUAAAGAUAACACAGCUCAAGUCCUUGGAGCAUUCACUGGCUCGUCUAUGUUGGGCCUCACUCUAAUUUCCACAUCAAACCACCUCUGGUUGGAGUUUUACAGUGAUGCUGAAGACACUGGAGAAGGAUUCAAAUUGGUCUACUCAAGUUUUGAGCUGUCUCAUUGUGAAGACCCUGGGGUCCCUCAGUUUGGAUUCAAAGUCAAUGACCAAGGCCAUUUUUCUGGGAGUAGCAUUACAUACAGAUGUGAGCCUGGUUACACUUUGCAUGGAGCUUCCACGCUUAAGUGCAUGACAGGUGAAAGGAGAGCCUGGGAUAACCCUCUGCCCUCUUGUAUUGCUGAGUGUGGGGGCCGUUUUAAGGGGGAAUCUUCAGGCAGGAUUCUUUCUCCUGGAUAUCCUUUUCCCUAUGACAACAACCUUCGGUGCACCUGGACCAUUGAGGUGGAUUCUGGCAAUAUUGUGAGUCUCCAGUUCUUGGCCUUUGACACGGAAGCCAGCCAUGACAUGCUGAAAGUUUGGGACGGACCACCUGAAAAUGAAAUGUCUUUGGCAGAGCUGAGUGGAUCUUUGCUCCCCGAGGGAAUCCAUUCUACAUUAAACACGGUCACUGUCCAGUUUGAGACAGACUUUUAUAUCAGCAAGUCAGGAUUUGCCAUUGAAUUUUCCAGCUCAGUAGCAACAGCCUGCAGGGACCCAGGUGUGCCAAUGAACGGCACGCGCAGCGGAGACGGCCGUGAGCCGGGGGAUUCAGUGUCCUUUCAGUGCGACCCUGGAUAUGAGCUCCAGGGGGACGACAAAAUAACCUGCAUACAAGUGGAUAACAGAUACUACUGGCAACCCAGUCCACCUGUCUGCAUAGCACCUUGUGGAGGAAAUCUGACUGGUUCCUAUGGAUUCAUUCUCUCUCCUAACUAUCCUCAUCCCUACCCACACUCAAAGGACUGUGACUGGCUCAUCGCUGUCAACUCGGAUUAUGUCCUUUCGCUUGCCUUCAUUAGUUUCAACAUUGAACCAAACUACGACUUCCUAUACAUCUACGAUGGUCCGGACAGCAACAGUCCUCUCAUCGGAAGCUUCCAGGACAGCAAACUUCCAGAGCGCAUAGAAAGUAGCUCGAACACCAUGCUUCUAGCUUUCCGGAGCGAUGGCUCUGUUUCAUAUACUGGCUUUCACCUGGAAUACAAAGCCAAACUUAGGGAAUCCUGUUUCGACCCAGGAGUUGUUUUGAAUGGGACCAGAUUGGGAUCCGAUUACAAACUGGGCUCUACAGUCACCUUUUACUGUGAAGCAGGAUAUGUUCUGCAGGGCUAUUCAACCCUAACCUGCAGCAUGGGAGAUGAUGGCAGACCUGGAUGGAACCGAGCUCUGCCUAGUUGUCAAGCUCCCUGUGGAAGUCGCUCUACAGGGUCAGAAGGGACCGUCUUAUCUCCAAACUUCCCGAGAAACUACACUUCUGGACAGACCUGCGUGUAUUCCAUAUCUGUGCCAAGAGAGUUUGUCCUCUUCGGUCAGUUUGUGCUGUUCCAGACAUCUCUAAAUGAUGUUGUGGAGAUCUAUGAUGGACCCACCCAACAAAACACACUAUUGUCCUCUCUCUCUGGUUCCCACUCUGGUGAAUCUUUGCCUCUAAGUUCAGGAAGUCAGAUAACUGUAAAGUUUACAACAGUGGGACCAGAAACUGCCAAGGGAUUCCAUUUUGUCUACCAAGCUGUACCUAGGACCAGCUCCACUCAGUGCAGCUCAGUUCCAGAGCCACGCUUUGGGAAACGUCUCGGUAAUGACUUUGCAGUCGGCUCCUUGGUGCAGUUUGAGUGCAACCCUGGCUAUGUUCUCCAUGGCUCCACUGCCAUCCGAUGCGAGAGUGUACCUGACAACCUUGCUCAGUGGAAUGACACCCUGCCAACAUGCAUAGUUCCCUGUGGUGGCAUAUUGACCUCUCGACGUGGGACUAUCUUAUCUCCAGGCUACCCAGAGCCAUAUGACAACAACCAGAACUGUGUAUGGAAGGUGUCCGUUCCAGAAGGGGCCGGAAUACAGAUACAAGUUAUAAGUUUUGCAACUGAACAUAACUGGGACUCACUAGACUUCUACGAUGGAGCUGACAACCAUGCACCAAGACUUGGCAGCUACUCUGGCACAACUAUUCCCCCUCUCCUGAAUAGCACAUCUAAUAACCUCUAUCUCAGCUUUAGCUCUGAUAUAAGCGUCUCAGCUGCUGGAUUUCACUUGGAAUAUACAGCCAUUGGUUUGGAAUCAUGUCCAGAGCCCGUCACUCCAAACUAUGGAAUCAGACAAGGAGACAGAUUCAUGGUUGGGGAUGUUGUACAGUUUUCAUGUGAACAGGGAUACUCUCUUCAGGGAAAUGCACAUAUCACCUGUAUGCCUGGACCUGUUAGAAGAUGGAACUACCCGGUGCCGCUGUGUAUCGCUCAAUGUGGAGGUUCUAUGAAGGAUGUCAGUGGGGUGAUUCUAAGCCCAGGUUAUCCUGGUAACUAUCCCAGCGGUUUGGACUGCACAUGGACUGUUAACUUACCUGUUGGCUUUGGUAUUCAUCUUCAGUUUUUAAACUUUUCCACGGAACAAAUCCACGAUUACCUGGAGAUACGUAGUGGAACGCUGGAAACGGGUUCUGAGAUUGGCCGGUUCAGCGGACCAGUUGUACCUAAGUCCCUGUUCAGCACCACCCACCAAACCAGCUUUUUUUUCCACAGUGACUAUUCACAAAACAAACCGGGGUUCCACAUCACAUAUCAAGCCUACCAACUUCAGAGCUGUCCUGACCCACGGCCAUUUCGAAACGGCAUCGUAAUAGGCACUGAUUUCAGUGUGGGGAUGACGGUGUCUUUUGAAUGUCUGCCUGGAUACUCUCUGAUCGGAGAAGCUUCUCUGACAUGUUUACACGGAAUAAGCAGGAACUGGAACCACCCUUUACCACGGUGUCAGGCUAUGUGCGGUGGUAACAUUACCUCAUUAAAUGGAACCAUUUACUCUCCCGGACACCCUGAAGAAUACCCAAACUUUCAGGACUGUGUGUGGAGUGUCCGAGUUCCUCCUGGACAUGGGAUUUACAUCAACUUUACUGUUCUAAGCACAGAACCCAUUUACGACUACAUCACUGUCUGGGAUGGUCCAGAUCAAUCAUCCCCUCAAAUAGGCCAGUUCAGUGGGAACACAGCACUGGAGUCUGUCUACUCAACUUCCAACAUCAUCCUUAUUAAAUUCCACUCUGACUUCUCUGGAUCAGGCUUCUUCGUCUUAAGUUACCAUGCCUACCAAUUAAGGGUAUGCCAGCCUCCCCCAGAAGUACCAAAUGCUGACAUGCUGAUGGAGAAUGGCGAGCUGGAGAUAGGUGACAUCAUUAGGUACCGAUGCCAUCCUGGUUUCUCAUUGGUCGGCAAUGAAAUCCUAACUUGUCGCUUGGGAGAGAGACUGCAGAUGGAUGCCCCUCCUCCUACAUGCCAAGUUCAAUGCCCUGCUCAUGAUGUGCGAUACGACUCAUCGGGUGUCAUCCUGAGCCCAGGCUGGCCGGAGAGCUACCCGAACCUUCAGAUGUGUUCAUGGAGCGUUAACCUAGAAAAGGGAUACAAUGUCACCAUAACCUUUGAAAGCUUUCAAACAGAGAGAGAAUUCGACGUACUGGAGAUUUUUGAUGGACCCACAGCCAAUAGUCCAACUCUGGCAACGCUGAGCGGCGACCUCCCAACACCCUUUAACAUCACAACCUCAGGUCAUCAGUUUCUUGUCCGCUGGUCCUCAGAUCAUGGCACCAACAAGAAAGGCUUCAAAAUUCGCUAUGUUGCCCUGUACUGCUCCACACCAGACUCUCCCCUCCACGGCUCCAUCUCCUCUCAGACAGGCGGUCAUGUAAACAGCGUGGUGCGCUGGGCUUGUGACCGAGGUUACCGCCUCAUAGGCAAUGGCACGGCGACCUGCCGCCGUACAUCUCAGGGCUACCACACCUGGGACUCUCCUGUGCCUGCCUGUCAAGCUGUCUCCUGCGGACCACCUAAGGCUCCAGUAAACGGUGGGGUGCUAACUGCUGACUACUCUGUGGGAACAAGAGUUUCCUACUUUUGCAACGACGGAUACAGACUGUCCAAUAAGGAACUGACAUCAGCCAUCUGUCAGCCAGAUGGAACUUGGAGCAACCACAACAAGAUACCGAGAUGUUCUGUUGUAGUGUGUCCCAGCAUUGGGUCAUUUUCUCUGGAGCAUGGCCGCUGGAGGAUUGUCAAUGGCUCGCACUAUGAGUACAGAACUCGCAUCGUCUUCACCUGUGACCCAGGGUACUACAGAUUAGGCCCUGCCCACAUCCAGUGUUUAGCCAAUGGGGUGUGGAGCUGGAAGAAUGAGAGGCCACACUGCCAGAUUAUCUCAUGUGGUGACCUGCCUUCUCCUCCAAAUGGGAAAAAGAUUGGUACUCAGACAACAUUUGGCGCAACAGCUAUCUUCACAUGUGAUGCUGGCUUCAUGCUGGUAGGGUCAGCUGUCAGAGAGUGCCUGUCUUCGGGGCUUUGGAGCGGAACAGAAACUAGGUGCUUAGCUGGUCACUGUGGAAUCCCUGAGGGAAUUGUGAACGGCCAGGUCAUUGGGGAGAACUUUGGGUACCGGGACACAGUUGUAUAUCAGUGUCUGCCUGGCUACCGCCUCAUAGGCUCAUCUGUUCGAAUCUGUCUCCAAGACAACCAGUGGUCCGGACAGCUGCCAAUCUGCAUACCCAUCAGCUGCGGCCAUCCAGGAAGUCCCAUCUACGGACGCACAGUAGGAAACGGCUUCAACCUUAACGACGUGGUCAGCUUUGUUUGCAAUCGGGGUUACGAAAUGGAGGGGCCUGCACGUGCCCAGUGCCAGGUCAACCGCCAGUGGAGCCACCCGCCCCCAACGUGCAAAGUGGUCAACUGCUCUGAUCCUGGCAUCCCCGCCAACUCUAUCCGUCAGAGUAAAAUAGAGCAUGGGAACUUUACUUUUGGCACAGUGGUGUUCUAUGACUGCAACCCUGGUUAUUACCUGUUUGGAUCACCGGUGCUGACCUGCCAACCCACUGGACAGUGGGACAAACCUCUUCCUGAAUGCAUUGUUGUAGACUGUGGCCAUCCAGGUUCUCCACCCAACGGCAUGCUGAAUGGAGAAAAGUUCACAUUUGGUUCAACAGUGAGAUACUCCUGUCUGGGUGGGCGGCAGCUAAAAGGAGAGUCUUCUCGGAUGUGUCAGCUCAACGGGAUGUGGAGUGCCCCCAUGCCCUUCUGCUCAGGUGAUAUUGCUGGUUCUUGUGGCGACCCUGGCAUUCCCUCCCACGGUUCAAGGGAGCAAACAGAUUUCAGGAUCCGUUCCAAGGUUUUCUUUACCUGCUCAGAGGGUUACGAGCUCAUUGGUUCUUCAGAGAGAAUGUGCUUCCCCAAUGGGACCUGGUCCGGCACUCAGCCGUUUUGUAAACCUGUGCAGUGUGGAAAUCCUGGGACUCCAAGUAAUGGCAGAGUAUUUCGUCUUGAUGGAACAACAUUCUCUCACUCUGUCAUCUACUCCUGCAUGGAUGGCUAUGUGCUUACUGGUGCCACCACAAGGCUAUGCCAGGCUAACGGGACAUGGUCAGGGGCACAGCCAAACUGCACAAUGAUAAACUGCGGGGAUCCUGGGGUGCCGGCUAACGGCCUUCGCUACGGUGAAGAUUUCACUAUCGGACAGAACAUUUCCUUUCAGUGCCAGCCGGGAUACAGAAUGGAGGAGGAUGGAUCACCUGUACGGAUGUGCACACAAAAUGGGACGUGGAGUGGAAACAUUCCCCUAUGUACUGCGGUGACGUGCCCGGCUCCCCCUGCAGUCAGCAAUGGAGUAUUGCAGGGCAGUGAUUUUGAAUGGGGCAGCAGUGUGAGUUACAGUUGCUCACCAGGGUAUGAACUCUCAUUCCCAGCCAUCUUGACGUGUGUGGCCAAUGGCACCUGGAAUGGCAUGCUCCCUCAGUGCCUACCCAAGUUCUGUGGCGACCCCGGUACUCCAGUCGGUGGUUUCAGAGAGGGUCGGAGUUUCAUUUAUCAAUCCGAAGUGUCCUUCAGCUGCUCUCCUCCUCUGAUACUGGUUGGCACGGCAACCAGACUCUGCGAGAAUGACGGCACCUGGAGUGGAACUCAACCUCGUUGCAUUGAACCAACCAAAACCAGCUGCGAUAACCCAGGAACGCCUCGCUAUGGCUCCUUAAAUAGGACCUACGGGUUUAAGGUGGGUAGCGUGGUGUCAUUUCAGUGCCAGUCGGGUCAUUUGCUUCAGGGAUCUUCAUCCAGAACCUGCCAGCCUGAUCUUACUUGGACUGGGACCCAACCUGAGUGUAUACCUCAUGCAUGUAAGCAGCCAGAGAGCCCGCUCCAUGUGGAUGUGGUCGGAAUGGAUCUACCCGGAUUUGGCUUCACUUUGGCCUAUAACUGUCAAAAGGGGUACUUCCUGGCGGGGGGCUCUGAGCAUCGGGUCUGCAAGAGCGACGGCACUUGGACUGGAAAGAUGCCAAUCUGUAGAGCUGGAGAGAAGAAGAAACCUGUGAAAGCUGUGCCUGGAACACCCAGCCCAAAACUUAACGUUCCAGAUGAUGUUUUUGCUCCUAACUACGUAUGGAAGGGUUCCUACAAUUACCGCGGUAGGAAGCAGCCGAUGACGCUCAGCAUCACCAGCUUCAACUCCACGACAGGGAGAGUGAAUGUGACACUCAGCAAUGGCAACCUGGAACUGCUCCUGUCAGGAGUUUAUAAGGCUUCAGAGGCUAGACUGUUGCUUCUGAUGUAUCAGGUGAACUAUGUAAACCAGGGAAACCAAUUGAAAGAUUCAGCUAUCUCUCCUGCCAAGAUCAUGGAGGACUCCUGGACUAUGGAUGGAUAUGUAUCAGCAGAGCCUGAUGGAUCUACCUACGUAUUCCAGGGUUUCAUUCAGGGAAAAGACUAUGGACAAUUCGGACUUCAAAGACUGGGUCUGAACAUGUCAGAGAGUCAAAACUUGACACCCCCACAGCUUGGUACAAACAGCAGUUCUGUGGCUAUUGCUAUUCUGGUGCCUUUCUUCGCGCUGAUCUUUACCGGCUUUGGAUUUUAUCUCUACAAACAGAGAACCACACCAAAAACCCAGUACACAGGCUGCUCAGUGCACGAAAACAACAACGGGCAGGCUGCCUUUGAGAACCCAAUGUACAACACCAAUGCCAAAGCCGUCGAGGGAAAGGCUGUUAGAUUUGAUCCCAAUCUAAAUACUGUCUGCACCAUGGUCUGAGGACUGAAUGUCCUCAAACUUAAUGACUCAAAUAUCCAAUGGGACCACAAAUGGUGCAAAGAAGGUGGAAAGGGCAAACUUUACCAAGGCCAAGCAGCAUAGCGUGUACAAGAACAAGUCAACCAACCAAUUCUUUCUGUUUGGAACCCAGUCCCCUCCACCCGGCAGAGUAACGGCUCUCUAGCUGAAACCAAAAGCCAGAGGCAGCCAAUGCCUCAGCUUUGAACGCUUGAUGAGAGAAAGGACACUAAUGUGACGCAAAAAAUCAGAUUAUAUCCCCAACUCAGAGCAAGUUGAUCAAAUCUUCUGAUCUGAUUCUAAAACAGACACAAACGUGAAACAUUUGAGCUGAAUUCAAAUCUCAAUUACUGUUUCUAAGACCAACAGAGAUGGCUAAGCAAUGACCUGCUGGUCAGACCUCAAAUGUCACUAUUUCUACUUGAAGCAAUGUUUUAGAGACCAGAGAAGAAGAAGUGCUCCAACUGUGAUCACACUUCAGAAACUGAGGAAACUCUAUCACAUCACAUGAAAGGAUAUGUUUUUAAGGACACUGUGAAAAUAAACCAACAGUUUAGAAAACACUGUAAGCAGCAGGAUAUUGCUGAAACAUUUUGACUUGUUAUGGAGAAAAAAAAAUUUUUUUAAGACGACAACGGAAAUAAAACCCAACAGCCAGAUGGAACCAUCUUCAUUCUCUAUAACAAGCAGGCUGGUUUUACUGGUCUCUAUUUUUUUCUUCUCACAUAGAGUGUAAGAAAGCUAAUGCUUCUAGUCAGAAGCAAAAAUUGCUUUGAAAAGAGACUAACCACUAAGCAAGGGAUGAUGAUAGGGAUAGGGCAUCCCUGGAGAUGGAGCUGUAAUCCUAACUGAGCUGGGAUUAGAGCAAAGUGAAACUUACAAGGAGUCUAAAGUGGAAGAGAUGUGAGACUGACUCAUCUAAUGGAUAAAAUGCUUCUAAUACGGUGGAGACAGCCUCCAACUAAACUGGAUACAGAGUGAGAAAUUCAUUAAUGAAAAAAAAAAAAAAUCUUACAAUACUAACACAACCAAUCAGAGCUUGUCUGACCAGAAGUAAUGUACUGAGGAAGAUCAGCCCUUCUCCUGCGGGAUAAAUUUGAUCAGGUCGGAUGGGAUACGUCCUCAAAGAGAAGCUCUUUUUGAACCUGGGAAUAUUCCUCUAGGUUUUGAUCGGGCCAAACAAGAGCCAAGGAGUUCGACUGACUCAAAGAAGAGGAAAAAUGGACUUUGGGAAACAGAGAAAGCUUCAGCACUAAAGCACAUUUUCCAGGGACACUACCUGUCUACUCAAUGAGAGAUGGACUAACACCAGGGCCAGAAAGGUCCUGUGAUUUUUUUUUUCCAAUCUGUCUCUACUCCAAGAAAUAAGCAGGAGGCUUUCAAAUAGAGAGACAGGUACAGGUUUGCAGACGGGAGUCAUAAACUAUUUGACAGGCUAAGAAAGACAGGGUUUUCAGCCGACAUCUGUGGACAGCGUUCCACGUGAUCCUGCACUCUGAGAGUGCUUAACUUCUUUCUUUGUUACAGCUGCAGAAUCUUCUGAUCUGUAAAAAUCUAUUGCAUAUAUAUUCGGGGAGCGUUCACCACCUAUAUUUUUGUGCUAUAUAUUUACCACAAAGGGAUGGUAAGUGGUGAGUGGGGGGCAGAUUAUAAAAGAGUUUUUAGAAAAAGAAAAAUUAUCAGAGUAUAAGACAUUACAGCUAUAUGCUUUUCACGUGCGCCCACAGAUGGUACUUUUGAUACCACUGCAACAUGCGGUUUAAUGAUUUGAAUUUCAUGUAUAGCAUGGAAUUUUCCCCCUCACCAUCACUGUCUGUCUCACUGAGGCAAUCCUAGUCAGUGGUAUUGUUGUAAUCAUUAUCACAAUGCAAGGUUUACCAGAAACAAUUACACCCUAUACUCACUGGUAGAAGUAUAAAAACUCAAAAAUAGAGACAUACCUUGCACUUUGUUGGCUUCCAG